AUGGUGGUGAAGAUGAUGAAGUGGAGGCCUUGGCCUCCUCUGAUUUCAAGAAAAUAUAAGGUGAAACUCACGGUACAGAGCCUCGAGGGCGGUGAUUGGAUGCACGAAGGUGCAGAAAAGGAUAAUGGUGGGCUUGCAGUGGAGAUCAGGUGGAAGGGUCCCAGGAUUUCUUUGGGCUCAUUAAGAAGGACUGUGAAAAGGAAUUGCACAAGAGAAGAAAUUGUUAGAAGUGUUGAUGGGACAGAAGGUGGUGUUCUUGUGGAAUGGGAUGAAGAAUUUCAUAGCGUUUGUAAUCUUUCUGGGUACAGGGAAAAUGCAUUUCAUCCUUGGGAGAUUACCUUUACUGUGUUGCACGGUUUGAAUCGAGGGGCAAAAAACAAGGUUGCUAUAGUUGGCUCUGCAGUUUUGAACCUUGCUGAAUUUGCUUCCAAAAUUGAAGAGCAAGAACUAGAGCUCAAGAUCCCUUUGGCAGUUUCGGGCAGGGCAGCUGAGACUAGCCCCUUGCUUUGUAUAUCUCUUAGCUUAUUGGAACUGAGAGUUGCCCAAGAAUCAACAGAGCCAGAGCAGAGGCAAAUCAUUCCUAUUUCAUCCCCUUCACUGACUGGAGAAACUUCCUCAUCGGAGAAAGAUGAGGUUUCUGCACUUAAAGCUGGUCUCAGAAAAGUAAAGAUCCUUACAGAAUACGUGUCUACUCGAAGAGCUAAAAAAGCUUGCCUUGAGGAAGAGGGCAGCGAGGGGAGGGGCUCAGGUAAGAGUGACGAGGGCGAGUACACUUAUAACUUUGAUUCAGAUUCACUCAAUGAAUUUGAGGAAGGGGAAUCUGAUGAAGCCAAGGAUGAUUCUACUGUUAGGAAAUCGUUUGGUUACGGGACAUUGGCUUAUGCUAAUUACGCAGGCGUGUCAUAUUACUCCAGUGCUAGAAUAAACAGUGAGGAUUGGAUUUACUACAGCAACCGCAAAUCUGAUGUUAACUGCUCGCACAUGGAGGAUCCAGUUUCUACUGUUUCUGAGUCAUCAUUGUUGCAGAACUCAAAACGUAUUAUUUUGCCUUGGAGGAAAAGGAAGUUGAGUUUUAGAUCUCCCAAAGUCAAAGGAGAGCCGUUAUUGAAAAGCGCUUAUGGAGAAGAAGGGGGAGAUGAUAUUGACUUUGAUCGCCGGCAGCUCAGCUCUGAUGAAUCUCUUUCUUUUGGGUUGCACAAGACUGAUGAAGACUCAAAUCGAAAUCGAUCGUCAGUUUCCGAGUUUGGUGAUGAUAGUUUUACUGUUGGCAGCUGGGAGCAGAAAGAAAUAACAAGCCGAGAUGGACACAUGAAGAUUCAGACACAGGUUUUCUUUGCUACCAUUGAUCAGCGAAGUGAAAGGGCUGCAGGAGAAAGUGCAUGUACGGCCUUAGUCACUGUGAUUGCUGAUUGGUUGCAGAAAAAUUGUGACCUCAUGCCCAUUAAAUCACAAUUCGAUAGUUUAAUAAGAGAUGGUUCCUUAGAAUGGAGGAACCUUUGUGAGAAUGAGACUUACCGGGAGCGUUUUCCUGACAAGCACUUUGAUUUAGAGACAGUCCUCCAAGCCAAAGUCUGUGAUCUCAGUUUGGUUCCUGGGAAAUCAUUUAUCGGGUUUUUCCAUCCAGAUGAAAUGGAGGAAGGAAAUUUUGAUUUUUUGCAUGGUGCUAUGUCCUUCGACAACAUUUGGGAUGAGAUUAACCGUCUAGAGUGUUUUAACAGUGGGGAAGCCCCAGUUUUCAUUGUCAGUUGGAAUGACCAUUUUUUUGUACUGAAGGUUGAAGCAGAUGCUUACUACAUCAUUGACACGUUAGGGGAGCGGUUGUACGAGGGAUGCAAUCAGGCUUACAUACUGAAAUUCAACCGGGAUACUACUAUAUACAAAAUGCCAAGUAUCACACAAUCAUCAGAAGAGAAAACUGUUGGCGAUCAGCAGACUGUUGCUGGGACAGUGGUGUCCAAGAGCUCGAAUGCACAGCAGGUGAACUCAAGGGACAAUUCCGAAGACGGGGCAAAUGUGGCAGCACCCGAGGAACCAAUGAAGAACGAAGAGGAAGUUGUUUGUAGAGGUAAAGAGUCGUGCAAGGAGUAUAUAAAGAGUUUCUUGGCUGCAAUUCCGAUUAGAGAACUCCAGGCAGAUAUCAAGAAAGGUUUGAUAACUUCAACGCCCGUUCAUCACAGACUACAGAUUGAAUUCCACUUCACCCAAUUACAACCACGAGCUACGACCUCGACUCCACCGAUAGAAGAGGCCACAACCAUGCAAAAAGCAGUUGAUGUUACUCUAAGUGAGGUUGUUACUUAA